GGAAUAUUGGUUCAUAUCAUUUAUCUAGCUUCCAUAUUUGAUAUUUAUUUUACUUCUCCACUAGUUCAUGGUAUGACGCCUCACAAAUCAACUCUUGAACCGCCAGCUAAGAGGCUAGUGUUAUUUGUUGCUGACGGUUUGAGAGCGGACAAAUUUUUUGAACUCGAUCAACGCGGAAAAAGUCGUGCUCCAUACCUUAGAGAUUUGAUAGAGAAGAAAGCAAGCUGGGGUGUGUCACACACAAGAGUUCCUACAGAGUCACGUCCUGGACAUGUUGCCCUUAUAGCUGGAUUUUAUGAGGAUGUGAGCGCUGUCGCUAAAGGUUUGUGAAAAUUUAUUGGAAUAUUUGCGCGCGCGUCAACCCAAAUUAUAAAUAAAACUAAUUUUAUCACAAUUUAAGCUUACUUAUGAGGGAACUCAGUGGUUAGUCCCCAUAUAAAGUUGGUUUCAACAGUUCCCGAGGGUAACGUAAGAUCUGAGGCCAAAAUGUGUUUUUUUUCUUUUUCUUUCUUUUUUUUUUUCAGCGGGAAUGGGUGGGGGUUACUUGUCACUUUUUGGGCUGAGAGAAUGGCUUUUGUGCUGGUUUGUCGUUUUGCAGAGCAUCUGUGUCCAUGGCAUUUUUGUUUUGAUUGGUCCUCAUAUUCUUUGAUGGCCUUAGAUCAAGGAUAAAUUGAGCCAUAACAUAUAUGCUACAAGUUAAAAUUAAAUUCAGGUUAAAUUUUUUAACCUAGGUUGAUUCUCAAUUUCCUUUGUCUCAUAACCCCAAUUAUUCAUGAGUUCAGGCUAAGAGACAAAGGAAAUUGAGAAUCAACCAAGGUUAAAAAAUUUUAACCAGAAUUUAAUUUUAACCUGUCUCAUUUAUAGAUGUAGGGCCAGUUAUUUCAAUGGAGUUUAACCAGUGUUUAACAAAAUCGUGUUCUAAGUCAUUUUCAGUUUACCCAAUGCUUUUAUCUAAGCACCAUUUGUUGUGAACAGUUUCAUUAAAGCAUAUAGUGGAGACUAAAAAAACAUUUAUCUUCUUAACUUGACCCACUAAAGAAGAUAUCUGGAGAUCCAAAGAUUUCUUAAACCGUGGUCUAAGUUAGACCUCGUUUUAAUAACCAACCUGUAAUGGCCUAGCCUUGUUGAUAAGGUGUGGUUAAAAAUUUAUUUGUUGUAGGGGUUUUCAAACCAGUUCAAUUUUUUCCCUCCUUGUUCUAGUUUUGUAUGAAUUAUGGCAGUUUUCAUACUAAAGGACAAAUCGUCUGGAUGGACAAAUCAUCUAGUGUGAAAAUUGGACAAAGAAAAUUUUAGACACCAGUUUGCAGAUUUUGUUUGCCAUUUUGUCCAUCCUUCUUCUUUUUCUUUGUCAAUAUUUUGCCUAGACAGACAAGUUGUCAAAAGACAGACCUAAAUUCAGGCCAGAUUAAAAAAUGGCUGAUGUCCUGUCUGUCCAGAAAAAAAAUGGUCACUGUAAAAUAGGCCCUUGUCUAAAAAUGAUUAAGUCCAAUAGUGGCUUCAUAGAGCAAGUGUGCACAGUUCACUCUUUCCAAGGCAGGCACUAUUGGGAUUAGAUGGAAUUGUCCAAUCUAGACAGCCAAAGAAAAUGACUGAAGUACAUGGCAAGGGUCAACUGUAGGUAUCUCUUUUAGAGAGGGUGUCUUUUAGAGGGGUCUAUAAAGAGAGGGGGUACAUAGAUUUUUCAAUUAAUAUUGUUAAUUUCCUGUUUUAUGUAAUACUUGCUACAGGCUGGAAAGAAAACCCAGUAGAGUUUGAUUCCACAUUCAAUGAAAGCCGCUACACAUGGGCCUGGGGAAGCCCUGAUAUUUUACCAAUGUUUGCCAAGGGAGCCUCUGGAGAUCAUGUGUUUACUUCCAUGUACCCAGAUGUUGCAGAGGAUUUUGCAGAUGAAGAUGCUGCUAAACUUGACACCUGGGUGUUUGAUGAGGUCAGGGGAUUCUUUGAUGGUGCAAGAACUAAUGAAACACUGAAGAAGAUGCUUUUUCAAGGACAAAUUGUAUUUUUUCUCCACCUCCUAGGUUGGUUGCUUGAAGAAGUUUCUAUUUAAAUUCAUCAAUAGCUUUGAUUCUCACUUGUUCAACAUAUUGUUUAAGAAUUUUUUUAUUGUGUAGUUUUACUUGUAUUUGACACUGAGCAUUCCUUACAUACACUGUUUACGGGUAUACCCAUUACAACUCCUGGAGGAAGAUCAUGAGGUUAUCCCUAUAUUAAAAUCUCCCCUCACAGAUAACCCACCCAGUCCAGGAAAGGUUAUCCACACCUCCAGGGUCCACAUCUCCUAUUCUUUUCAGUGGUGUGGGUCUUUUAUGUUCCACAAGAACCAGAUAGAUGAAAGUAAUGUGAGACGAGACCUAUGGUUUUUCGUCCUUAUCUGAGAAGACUAGAAACUCUAACUGUUUUCAGAUGUCAUUACAAAGGCAGGACUUUCUUCUUAGUUAUUUAGAGACUCUGACCGAUGACCGGUGCUCUCUCAUCUGAGCUAACCAGACCGUGGGUCCUACUCAUUUUGAGCUGAAACAAAAAAUACUUUUAAAUGUUGAGCACUUCAACGAAACCAUACCUGACAUUAGACCAUAAUGGGCAAAAUCUAUGCCUUUUUUCAUACCAAAACUAAAACACUAUACCCUUUGGGGUGGCACAUACGCAUAUACCUUAUAUAGGGGAGUUUCCCUUCCCCCUGCCCUCCCCAGGGUCAUGGGAUGGCCAUAAAAUGAUGCAUGUGAGUCAGUCAAAUUAGUGAUAAAUCAACGACAUUGUCUAUCAGUAUAGUCAAAUCUCCAGUAAGCAACCAUCAUCUAGUGUUUGGUGAUGGAGUUUAUGAGAUUAUUGCUUAAAAGUAGGUCCAACUAUGGUGGUGCUUUGACUGGAAAAACUGAUUUCUUUUAUUUUGGAUGGGUGGUCCUUCAUCAGGGCAAUCAGAAGUAGCCUGUUCCAGGCUCUCAGAUAGUGGGGAAGACGCAAAAGUGUAGGGUGCAGUUUCCUCGCGUUUUUUUUUUGAGUUUGUGCUUUCUCAAUUCCGCUGGCUUGACUAUCUCGGAGCCUGGAACAGGCUAAAUGAGAAGUGGUUGCACAUGAAGGUUCAGCUGUCCAUUUAAAAUUUUAGUAUUGUUUUUUUCAUUUACUUAGUGCAGCAUUAGUGUUGUGAGACUAGUUGUGCCCACUUAUUACAGUCAAUUCAGGGUGUCCAUUUAAUAAUUUUACAUACUUAAAAUACUUCAUGUAAGUGAAUUAGAAUUAAAAGAUAAGUGUAUCUUUGAAAAAAGAAUGCUUAACAGGACUUUUUUGAAUAGGAAUAGACACUAACGGCCAUGCCCACAGGCCAACCUCGCAAGAAUACCUCAAGAAUAUUGCUGUAGUUGAUGCAGGAAUAAAAGAAAUUGAAAAACUGAUCGAAGAUUUUUAUGGCCAUGAUGGUCAGACAGCUUAUGUAAUGACAGCUGAUCAUGGUAUGACCAACUGGGGAUCUCAUGGAGCAGGGCAUCCUCACGAGACACUGACACCGUUACUAGCAUGGGGGGCUGGAGUGCGUGUUGCCCAAGCUCCAGAAAACAACAGUCACAUCCCAGAUGUAAUGUAUGAGUGGAAGCUGGCUCAUCUGUCUCGUAAAGAUGUCAGUCAAGCAGAUAUUGCACCCCUGAUGACUUCUCUGAUUGGUAGGUUUUAGAGGAGUUGUGUGUUGAUUGUGUGUUGUGUGUUGAAAUGUAGAGGAUAUGGUAAAUUUAAACAUGCAUUAUGUACUGAAAAGCAGGGCUGACAAAUAAUAAUAAUAGUAAUAAUAAUGAUAAUAAUCUUUAUUCAAUCGAUAAAAUACAUAUCGAAGGUUACAAAAGUCAUAAAAAUUAAGUGACAUUAAAAAUUACAGUUAAAGUAGAAUCAUAUUGCUAAGUUAAGCUAAGCUAAGUUAUAAUUAAAGCAUAGCCUAAUUACGAAACAGUUCUUAAAGCGCUCAGUGUUAACUAAACGCAUAGUUGAAAUGUCAGUCUUAUGAUUGAUCCAUGUUGUUAGUGUGUAGGAUUUGUCUGAAAAAAAUUAUUGAUAAGGUCCACUGUUAUUUCAUUCUAUCAUCAGGUGUCCCGUUUCCUCUGAACUCUGUGGGAGUUUUACCAGUGGAAUAUUUGAACAACACAGAACAGUACAUUGCUGAAAACUUGUUCAUGAAUGCACAACAGAUUCUUGCACAGUAUGAAGUGAAGGAACUCUUCAGGAAAAAGACAUCAUUGUUGUUUCGGCCUUUCACCUCUUUGGCAGGUAAAGGAACAAGAGGUUUAUAUUAGUCAGUCGUUACGUUAAAAAGAUGUUUAAACCACUUGACCCUUUUUUCCACAUUUUUUUCCAACUUUCAAUUCCAUUUUAAUUGUCUGGCUGAUCCAACUGAUACUUUCAGAAUCUGUUAGAAGAUGCAGAACUCCCUAACAUUUUGUUUCCCUCUGAAAUGGGGACAUUUGACCUCUAAGGUGUUGCUAGUGCGUUAUUUGCAGGGUAUUUAAUUUAUUGUCUCAGCUAGGUCUAUAAUGUCAAUACUUUUAAUGCUUCUUAUUCUCUAUCUUUAAUAGAUAUGGGCUUGCUGUGAAAGUAAGUUUGAAGAUUCAUGUACAGUGGCAGAAAAAUGCUAUUCAUCGGGGAUUGAUUUCCUUUUUGGAUACUCCCCCAGGCUUACAAAACUUUCCCUGGCAAUUUUCGUAAACGGUAUUGAUUUAAAUGCAAACAGAAAAGUCAUGUGAACUAAAAGCUAUUAUCUGGCCACCUUGCAUUCAUGGUGCAUUUGUUCGUCUUUUUUUUAGGUGCAAAGAAAACCGGAAUGAUCCGUAACAUAAAGGAAUUCUUGCGAAGCAAAAAGUAUGAAGAAGUUAUCAGCCUGAGUAGGGAACUUAUCCAGCUUUCUUUAGAUGGACUCAGUUAUUAUCAGAAUUAUGAUCGUGUUUUCUUGAAUUUGAUGGUCACUCUUGGGUUUUUAGGCUGGAUAUUCUGCAUAGUUCUACAGAUUAUCGAAGACCAUAGUGAUAUCCUAAAAGAAGCUUCCAAGCUGCGAAACAAACAAUAUCAUGCUUUGGUUAAAUCUUUUACGGUGGACAGUACAUCUCUUGGUUUAGGCAUUGUUAUAGUUCUGUUAUUGCUUAUUCAAAAAGCUCCGUGCAUGUACCAUAGUUAUUGCUUAUUGCCGUUAGUUUUUUGGAACCGCAUUGCUAAAAGACUUCACAUGGUGCAUGCUGCUUUGGAUUACAUCCAUGCGAAGAAACUGCAAAGUAGAGUUUUUUUUACAUUGAUGUUUGGUGCAGUCUCCUUAGAGAUUCUUGUAAUGAGUUUCUUUAGGCGUGAAAUUCUGUCAGUUGGCUUGGUUUGCCUGGCUGUUUGGCCGUUCAGUAACACGCUGUUUACAAACUGUAAGCUGUCAGUAGCCUGUUGGAUGGUACUUAGCCUCGCACUGUCUGUGUUCCCAAUGCUUCCAGUAGUUGGUCGUGAAGCAAACUACAUGUUAGUCUCCGUGGCGGGAGUAAUAACUUUGGUUUUGUUCACUGUCAUGUUGCUUUAUAUCUCAAACACUUUAAGUCUCCUCAAGACAGAAAUAUCAAAAUCUUGGAGAAUUUUGCUUCCUCAAGUGACGCUUGUGAUUCUGGCAGUGUACAUUGUCAAUAGCACCGCAUCAAACCUGCAGCUGAAACUUGGCCUCCCAGUCAUCAACCAAAUUGGAAGCUGGACAAUUUUCGUGUCUUCGUUUUUGCUGCCUCUUAUCAAUUCCAGUAAUUUGGUCAUCAGAUUUUCCAGUAUAGCCAUUGCGUUUUCCUCAGUUUAUUUGCUAAUGAGUACCGCUUAUGAAGGGCUGUUUUUGCUAGCCCUUUCCUUACUUAUGGGAGCGUGGAUUUUGUGUGAACACAAACUGUCAGGUAAAACGCUGAACUCACUCUUAGAGACCCAACUGAAUUAUGAAAGCUCUACAACAACACAUCAGCCAGCCUGGAAGGUUCUCACAGAAGGACUAAACUCUCCUGUCAUUAGAAAACUCACCCUAGAAGAUCUUCGUUGCGCUUAUUUCUUUGUCUUCUUCAUAAUCGUAGCUUUUUUUGGAACUGGCAACAUUGCAAGCAUUAACAGUUUCGAUCCAGCAUCAGUGUAUUGUUUCCUAACAGUAUUUUCACCAUUUGUUAUGGGUAGUUUGCUCCUCUGUAAGGUUCUUAUUCCGUUUGUGAUUGUAUCAUGUGCGUUUGAUGCCAUACACGUGGUUUUGUCAAUUCCAGUGCAGAGUCUUGUGCUUGUUGUUCUAGUGAUGACAGAUCUUAUGGGACUGCAUUUCUUUUAUCUUGUGAAGGAUUCAGGAAGCUGGCUUGAUAUAGGAACAAGUAUCAGUCAUUAUGUAAUUAUGAUGGCCUUUAUUAUAUUCCUGCUUCCAAUAUUUGGAUUAGCAAGACUUUUUACUGGAGCGUCUCUCUCGCUGGGCAUGAGCAAGAAAAAAGCAUGA